CGCUGCGCGGGACGAGGCGGGCGGGCGGGCGACCCACCUGGAGGCGAGGGAGAGAACGAGAGGCGGCGCCGCCGCCGCUGCUCCGGAUGGACCUGGGCCCGGAGCACCCGCACCGCCGUCGCCUCCACUUCGCCUGCAGUUCGCCGCCCGCCGUCGUCAAGGCCCUGUUCCCGGCUGGCCCCGGGGGGCUUUCCCCGGUCACCAACCUCGCAGUCACCAUGGACCAGCUUCGGGGUCUGGGCAGUGAAUGUGAGCAUCAGCUGGAAAUGAAGAACAGCAGCAGCCUCCAGCGGACAAGCUCCUCAGAGUCUACAGAUUCAGGUUUUUGUCUGGAUUCUCCUGGGCCCCUGGAUAGAAAAGAAAACCUUGAAAAACCCAUGAGGAGAAUAAACUCCCUGCCACAGAAGCUCCUAGGGUGCAGCCCUGCCCUAAAGAGAAGCCAUUUUGAUUCAUUUGACUGUGAUAUCUUUCAGCUAAGUGACCAUGAUGAUAACAAGGAAAAUGAGGUCUUUGAGUUUAAGAAGCCAACAAGACCUGUACCCCGUGGCCCUCUUCAUGGACUUGGAGAGGUCAAAGAUGUCUUCACCCAAAGGCAGAAUUCGGCCCCCGCUCAAAUGUUUUCCACCAAUGAAAAGGAUAACAGUGAACUUGCAAACUACUUCCCUCUCUUCCUGCCACAGUCUCCUCUGACCUCUCUGGCUGAUAAGGAUGAUGGAUUCCUGGAAAUACUUGAUGGAGAGAACCUGAAGAAUGAUGAUGAAACGUCAUCAUGCAUGUCAAGCCUUUGGACAGCUCCUCUCGUGAUGAGAAGAACAGCAAACCAAGGCAAACGGUGUAAGCUAUUUGAAUCCUCAUCUGCACCCAGCGCCAUGACCCGUCCUAUGUUGAAGAGAUUGGAACGUUCUCCUGAAGAUUCCCCACCAGAAAACACAAAAAAGAGGAAAAGCACAGUAGGGGAACCUACUGAAGAAGCAAUGAUACUCAAUGAGAGCCUGCUACCAGCUAUAUCCCAGUCACCUUCCACAGAAGAGACUAUCAAGAGCAUUUUGGACAGUGACCAGAGGGACCUCAUUGGUGAUUUCUCAAAGGGUUACCUUUUCCACACGGUUGCUGGGAAGCAUGAGGAUCUAAAAUAUAUUUCUCCAGAAAUAAUGGCAUCUGUGUUGAAUGGGAAGUUUGCAAAUCUAAUUAAAGAGUUUGUCAUCAUUGAUUGCAGAUAUCCAUAUGAAUACGAAGGAGGCCAUAUCAGGGGUGCAGUGAACUUACACAUGGAAGAAGAGGUAGAAGCCUUCUUGCUAAAGAAACCCAUCAGGCCAACAGAUGGCAAACGUGUCAUUGUUGUUUUCCACUGCGAAUUUUCUUCAGAGCGAGGCCCCCGAAUGUGCAGAUUUGUCAGAGAGCGGGACCGCCUGGAUAACGAAUACCCCAAGCUCCACUACCCUGAACUUUAUGUCUUAAAGGGAGGGUACAAAGACUUCUUUUUAAAGUGCAAGUCAUAUUGUGAGCCCCCAAGCUACCGUCCCAUGCACCAUGAAGAUUUUAAGGAAGACCUGAAGAAAUUUCGCACCAAGAGCCGGACAUGGGCAGGGGAGAAAAGCAAAAGAGAAAUGUACAGUCGCCUAAAGAAGCUCUGAGGGUGGGGCUCCUUGGAGAGCAGCCAGAGAACUCCGUUUCCAGAGAAGCCUGAGGAAAGGGGCCAGCUGGAUAGGUGUUCCUGGCUACGUCUGCAAGCCCGCUGCUCCACAUACUUGCUGACCAUCAUCACUUUGGUCUCGAUUAUGAGAGCCUCUGCUUCCUGGCAUUAUCCUGUUGACUCUCUUGCUGUACCUUUGGAACUUUUUAAGAUACUUUGAUGGGAAAAGCUUUCCUUUGGCAGAGACCAGGAAUGCUGUGGGAGGGUGGGGGGAAAGAUGGUUUGCUGCUACCUUAAGUUACCUCGUGGAGCUUACUAGGAACUUAUAUCGACUCGGAUAAAAUUGAUGGCACUGAGGUUGCCUAAGGCCGGCCCCUAGGAGUCAGAUUUGUACCUCAAAUGGCUUCUUCCCUAAGUGACUUUGGCUAUCUCCCUCCUGUGCAGCUAAUCUGUGGCAGUCACAAGGAAAUACUGGGUUUGAGGGGUAGGGGUCAAGGGGUGGGAACGAAGGGAAUUGUUGCACACAAAGGUGCUACUGACCAAAUACCAAAGACAAUCUGAGGAGAAAGGAUCUCUAUUGUGUACAACUCCUAUGUGUUAAUUUAUUCAACCUUGUCAAUCACUUUAUUUUUUUAACUCCUGGAUCAUUAGGUCAAAAUACUGCCUUUCCAAGUGGAGUAUUAUUCUAGGAACUGCCUUGGACCCAGAGUCUAUUUUUAGUUUCGUUUUUUUGUGUUUUGUUUUGUUUUGUUUUUUUAAAGAAAAGAGAAAAUACUAGUUACAGACUGGUUUGGUUAGUGAUGAGACAGGAAAUGAGAAGAUGAAGUAGCUUUCUAAACCCCAGGAGGUCAUAAGUAGUCCUGGAGGUUGCUUCAAACCAAGAGUGAUAUGGAGCUCUGUCAUCAAGAUGGUAAGUGAGUGUCAGACUUGACUGUAGCCUUGUGCUAAACUCUGUGACUACUGUUGGAGACUCCCAAAGCCACAAGCUUUAGUGACUGUCCCUUCAGCUCUGCUGUCUACAUAGAACUGGGUUUUUACCGUUUAUCUUAGAGCAGUGGGGCCUAUUUGAUAGAUGCCCCCUGCCCUGCCAUUCCUGGACACCUUGCUGGGACAGAAGUUACAAUCAAGAAAGCACUUCAGGCAGCCUCAGCUGGGUUGAUCCCAGAUCAGUGUUAGGACAUGUAGCAUCCAUAUUCCGGGGGUGGGUGGGAAGGGGGAGAAAAUAAACCUCUCUAAGGUAAGAGUUCUUUAAUUUGGGUGUGUUCCACUCUUAUUACCUUCAUGAUACCAUUGAAAAGCUUUUCCUUUUGAUCUGUUCCAAGGCUGAAGAGUUUUCUGAGCUUCAGGUUGGUGCUUUUUAAAAAGUUUUUUUAACAGUCCCAUUUCAUGGACCAUGAGGUAUCAAAUCAGUGUUAGAGGAACUGCCUGCAGUUUUGGGGGGAGUAGGGGGGGGACAAAGGCUCUGGGCAUUAAGAAGAAGGUUGGGAGUUGGUGUGGAAUUGACCAUACAGAACAUGUUUCUCAGGAGGGAGCCUGGUGGAUCCUGAAGGUGAAACUUUCUGGGUUAUCAUGUUUAAAUUUGAGGGGGAGGGGGUGGUAAAUUUAUCUCCAGUCACCCUCUCAUCUAGUCCUAUGAAAGUGGGGCCUUAAAGGACCCCUGUGAUCGGAGUUAGUGCAGAUCUUGACGUGCCAGAAAGAAAACUGUUCUGGUAUCUGCUCUUGUGUGUAGUAAAUCUUUUAGCUAUCCUACACUACAGGUAGCAGUCCUCAUACCCAUCUCUGGCUCUAUUGGGGUACAGCCAGGUUUCCUCAAACACAAAUAUUGCCUUCGCCUUCCUUCCAAAAAAAGGGAAGUAGGAGUGGAAGGGUAGCAUGAGAAUCAGUGAUGUUGGUGACUGGUUGCUGCUAUGUUUUGGGUUUGGGAAUUGCAUUUAAAUGUAGAGCAAUCUUGUUGGAAAAAAUGUAUGAUGGGAAGGGGGAGAUGUCCCCACACACACACACUCUUUGGCUUGGUCCCCAACCUGGUUUUGUAUGGACUGAUAAUUGCCCAAGUUACAGGAGUGGGAAGGUCAGACUUGGGCUAUAUCAGCUAAGCCAGCAUUAAUAGACUCUUGCAGGCUGUGGAAAUAAACAACCUAUA